AUGCCGACUGUUCAAAAUCGUCUUUUAAUUUCAUUUUUUGUUGCAUGGACAUCCUAUGCAUUAACAUAUUUCUUACGAAAACCAUUAGGAGUAAUAAAAACAGAUCUAGAGCAUGAUCUUAGUUUUUCAAAAUUUCAAUUGGGACUGUUCGAUACAGCACUUUUAUUACCUUAUGCUCUUAUUCAAACAUUCUUUGGUUCAUUCGGUGAUCUAUAUGGUGCACGACGUACAUUUGGUUAUGGUCUCAUUGGUUCUGGUAUCGCUAUGGUUACUUUUGGAUGGUGGAGUGAUUAUCGACUUUUUCUUUUCUUACUUUUUCUAAAUGGUGCAUUUCAAUCAUUAUGCUGGGCGGCUGCUAAUAAAGGUCUUGGAGCAUGGGUCACUGAUGCUCAGCGUAAUUUUAUAUUUGGUCUCUUUGGAACAUGUCCUUUUGCUGGUGGUAUUCUUGGUACUGCACUUGCUGUUUAUAUUCAAGGAAAAGAUGGUUGGCGAUUUGUUCAUUUUCAACCAUCAGUUUAUUGCAUCAUUGCUGGAUUUUUGGUUCUUUUUCUUUUUCGAGAACCAUCUGAAGUAAAAAUAGCUGUCGCAGGAAAAGAAUCAUCAAAAGCUUCUGAUAUACGUCCAAGAAUAACAAUUAUGGAAGUAUAUCGUUUACCAAUGGUUAAGGAGAUCGCUACAACAGUAUUUUGUUUAAAAGUUGUUCGAUACGCUAUUUAUUUAUGGCUUCCAUUAUAUUUGAAACAAGAGCUAAAUUAUUCAACCACUGAUGCUGGUCUCUUUUCAACCAUGUUCGAUAUUGGUGGAGUUGUAGGAAGUGCCACGAUUGGAUUUAUUCUUAAACGAUUCUUUAAUAAUGAAGGAUGUCUUGGUGCAGCCGUUGAAACAUUACUUAGUGCUGGUACUCUUCUCUUGUUCUUAGCAUUUGCUAAAUCAGGCAUUGCUAUGAAUUCAAUUUUAAUGUUGCUUACUGGACUAUUAAAUUGUGGAGCUGAUAUUAUUCUUUGUAGUUCAGUACCUAUUGAAAUUGGUGAAAUGGAUGGUCGUAAUGCUGGUAGUGCAGUUAUUGGUUUUGUCAACGAACGACUAGAAGAACACAUACAUGCAUGA